GAUGGGUAAGAGUGGAAACAAGAAAGGAGGAGGGUUUGUUAAUGGAAGCAGCAGCAAUCAAGGUGGUGGUUUAACACUUAGACAACAAAUUCAUGGAAGCAAUCAGAAGAAUAAAAUUGGUGGGAGUUCUUCAAAUGGUAUUAGUAAUAGUGAUAGGAGGUCAAUAUUGAAAACCAAACAUUUGGAGAAAUUGGGAUUAUGGGCUGCUGAUGUUUCAAUUCCUUCAUUAGGUGCUUUGUUUGGAAAAAGAUUAGCCUCUUCUUGUGAAUCUUUGGGUACUCCUGUUGAUCCUUCCUUGUUUCUUUGCCAAAGAUGUGAAUCGAUUCUUCAACCGGGUUCUAACUGCACUGUUAGAAUCGAAAAGACUGGAUCAAAGAAGAAGAAACGGCGCAAAACCUCAAGUGUUCUGCCACAAAACAAUGUUGUUUAUACAUGCAACUUUUGUUCACAUAGAAACCUGAAAAGAGGGACCUGGAAGAGUCAUAUGAAAGAGAUAUUACCUCCAAAACCGAAACAAGUUAAAUCUGAUGAGAAACGAUUAAAUUUGGUAAAAACUAAAGCUGAUGAAGGUAAGUUAGAUAUGCAUGUGGAGGCAAUAGUUUGUCCAGAAAAUGUGGCAGGGUUUAAAGAAGAUGUCGCCGCUCAGAUUUGUUCAUGUUCUGAAAUAGCUGUAGAAAGCAAUAAUGAGAGAGGCAAGAUUGCAGAACAGCUAGUACCUUCAGAAUAUAUCCCCAUUGAAAUGUCAGAAGCAACAGUCCCUGAGAUGAAUUCAGUAACUGGUAAAGCUGUUGCAAGUGAAAAAACCCCUGUAACUCCACUGAAUAAAGUGCCAAUGCUAUUGCUAGAUUCUAAACGAAGAAAGAGAACCAAGUCUCAUAAUAAACAGGUCGCAAAUGAAAGCAACUCCCCAACCACAGAUGCAGAAAAAGUUUCAAUAUCUUCGAAUAAAAGGAGGAGGAAAUCAUGGUCCAGUUUGAAGGAGUUGGCUGAAGCUAAUGAGCGGAAGAAUGACAUAACCAAUCUGAGAAUCCCGUUUUGUUUAUGAAGAACCAACAAGGAGCAUAUGCUAUCGGAUUUUAUUGACUGUCUAGUAAAUCUUUUGGUUAUAAA